AUGAAAACAACUGCUAAAGAAUAUCUUGUGAAAUUAAAAAAAAUAAGUAUAACACUAGACAAAGUUCAGGCAGAUGGAUGUACUUUAAGUGAAUCAACUCAUUUAUGGUUAGAAUUAAAACAGUUUUUUGAACUUGAGGUUUGCAAUGAUUCAAUGGUUGAAAAAGUUCAAAAAAGAUUUGAUAUGGCAGUGAACGAAUACCAUUUCAUUGCUUAUGUUUUGGACCCUAAAUAUAGAGGAAUAAAAAUGAAUUCUGAUCAGAUGGACUCCACUCUAGAUUUUACAAAUUUAUAUCAUCAAGAAAUUAUGCCAGAAAUAAUAACAUAUCAAGCUGAAGCAUAUCCUUUUAAGGAUUAUCUUUUUAAAGCACAAACAGUCAGUCAAGUUAAACCAUUAACUUGGUGGUUAUAA